UAUAUACACAUACACAUACAUCCAUAGACACACUUAACCAGUUUUUAGUUCAUUCGUGUAUCAUUAAUGUAACGGGAACUACAUGCAUAAUUCAUUGAUUAUUAAACUGCGCAUUUGACUUGCGAAGUUUACAAAUAUAUACAUUUAUACCCUUUAUUUUCACACAACAAAAAUGAAAUUGACAUCUUGACACACUCCAUAAAGCAGCAAGUGGGGUAAAAAUGUUGUGCUUACUAUAUCCAACUGCAGCCAGUCAACAAUGAUGUUAUCAUGAGUGCCAGUUUGCAGCUGAGAAGUGGAUUUCAACUUGUGUAAUAUUCUCAGGUAGUUGCUGUAUGCCAGCAGCAUGAGUCGACAGCCCUCUAAUUCGGGAAAAGCCCGUGGACACAGCCAACAAGUUCCUGUCCAAGAGUCCACACUGAUGAUGAACAUCCAAACUCACAAAUCUGAGAGGGAUUGCAGGGGUUUAAAAUCUUCAACAACCAGCAACAAUGACCUGGCCACCCUGUUUGAAUGUCCAGUUUGUUUUGACUAUGCACUCCCUCCCAUCAUGCAGUGCCAGAGUGGACAUAUUGUGUGCCAUUCGUGUAGGCAGAAAUUGUCAAUGUGCCCAACAUGUAGAGGACCAUUAGGAAAUAUUCGCAACUUAGCAAUGGAGAAGGUAGCAAUGACCGUGCUGUUCCCUUGUAAAUACUCUACUAAUGGCUGUUUAGUUACUUUGUUACACACUGAGAAGUCUGAACAUGAAGAAACAUGUGAGUGCAGGCCCUACUGUUGUCCCUGCCCUGGUGCAUCCUGUAAGUGGCAAGGUUCUCUAGAGCAAGUUAUGUCACACUUGGUUCAAUCUCACAAAAGCAUAACUACACUGCAAGGUGAAGACAUUGUGUUUUUGGCCACUGAUAUUAAUCUACCUGGAGCUGUCGACUGGGUUAUGAUGCAGUCAUGUUUUGGCCACAAUUUCAUGCUGGUGCUAGAGAAACAGGAGAAGAUAGAUGGCUUGCAGAUGUUCUAUGCCAUUGUACAGUUGAUUGGUACAAGGAAGCAAGCAGAAAACUUUGCUUACAGAUUAGAACUAAGUGGUCAUCGGAGACGACUUACUUGGGAGGCCACACCACGCAGCAUCCAUGACGGUGUUCAAUCUGCCAUUCUAAGUAGUGACUGCUUGGUAUUCGACACCAACAUAGCCCAGUUAUUUGCCGACCAUGGAAACUUGGGGAUCAACGUUACCAUUUCUACAUGCUAAAACAUUUUUAUUUUUGGCGGUUCCAUGAUCUCAGGCCAGGCGGUGCCAUCUCCUCCUGUCUCCAUGGCACCAGUAGACUCCUAAAUUUAGCUUGUCUCUCUCUCUCUCUCUUUCUUUCUCUCUCUCUCUCUCUGGCUGGCUUUUAACAACUUAACACUUCUGUUUUUUUUUUGCUCAGUUAUUUUCAUUUCAUUUUUUUUUUCAUCAUGCUGCAUUGGUGCAUGCAUGUGUGCAGUAGUGUGCAAUGGCUGGCUGGCUGCUGUUGCUUGCUGCUGUUAAGACACAACAAAACAUGUAAAAAAAAAAAAAUUUUUUUUUUUUUUAUUAAAUUUAUUCCAGCUUAACUCUGCUGAUAAACUGACAAAACAAAACAAAAAGAACUGAAAUUAAAAGGAAAAAAAAACUGAUAUUAUUAAUAUUAAUAGUUAUUGAUAAUUAAUAAUGAUAAAUGUCUUGAAAAAAAUGGCAGUUUUAAGUUGCAUGUUGACAUUUUAUCUUUUUUUUUGUUUUCCUUUUUACCAAAAAUUAUUUUUGUUGAGAGAAUAAUACAACAACAAGCAGAAAAUAACAAAGCAAACACACAAAAAAUAAAAAUUCUCACAGAAGAGAAAAGUUACAGAAAUUGGAGGAUUUUAUGAUGAAAAGAAAAAAAAGACUUAAGGACAAUAACCUCAAUUCUAAAUUGUCAAUCCAAUUCAACAUUGGAACUGGGUGUUUACUAUAAGAUUUUGUCACUUGGAAUAUGUGUGUUGGAGAGAUACUCAAUGUCAAAUCUCGGAGAAACUUGGCACUCAAUUUGAAACUGGCCUUUUGAAACAAAAAUAACAAAAAAAAAUAAUAAAAAAUAAAAUAUACGACUAGACACUUGAACUGUGUGGUGGUGAAGCAUUGUCGAAAGAAGCGUGUGUAAGUUCUGUGGGAUGAGGCAAGUCAAGUCUGUGGCUUGGUUUUGAAUCCUGGUUCAGAAGUGUUUCACUUCACUUCCUUUGGUUUCACAUCACCUAGCAUCACCUAAUUAAUGCCCCUGAGAAAGGGAUUAAUCGUCAAAAACAAUUUCGUUUCCCCUGCCACUUCUCUUCCCUGCUCUGUCCUGUUACAGCCCCUACUUUCUCCGUACAAAACUGUAAUAAAUAUCUGAGGCGUUGUGUGCAUAUGUAGCCCUUCCUCCCCUCCUUCCCACCUAUUCCCCCAUGCACGUCAGUAAUGACGAAUAAUAAUAAUUAAAACUACUGUCUUCUUUAAAGUUGACUGUUGAAACAAGGAGUAAGUAAGAGACCUUAAAAUAUAUUUCUGUCAUUAAAAACAAAAAA